AUGUUCUGCAAGGGGGAAACGAAUUACUCUCUGACCAUUCGCGACGGGAAGGUCAUCCUCGCCCGCUCCGAUCGUUCUGACCCGCUUCAGCACUGGAUAGAAGACGAGAAAUGGAGCACGAAGGUGAAGGACGAAGAGGGUUUCCCAAGUUUCGCAUUGGUUAAUAAAGCCACCGGACAAGCCAUGAAACACUCCACCGGAGCCACUCUUCCUGUCCAGUUGAUUCCUUACAAUGCUGAUAUUCUUGAUGAAUCGAUUUUAUGGACAUUCGGUAGGGACUUGGGCGAUGGUUAUCGUGCAAUAAAGAUGGCUAACUAA